ACAACCAGUUUUUUCAAUCAUUCCUAAACCAUAAACUUUAAACCUUACUGAUUAUUUAUAAUACUAAACAUGGCUUUCCGAUGCUUAGUUCUCGUGGCAAUAGCAGUGGCAAUGUGUUCUAUGGUAGUACCGAUUUACUCUCAAAUCAGUACACCAUGCUCGCCUUCGAUGAUUACUAGCUUUACUCCAUGUUUGAACUUCAUAACCAAUAGCACCACCAAUGCUACUUCCACGCCAACUGCCGAUUGUUGCAAUUCACUCAAGACCGUCACCAGUAGUGGCACAGAUUGUCUCUGCAUGAUUGCUACCGGUAGCGUACCUUUCCAAAUUCCAAUCAACCAAUCCUUAGCCAUCUCUCUUCCUCGUGCUUGUAGAAUGCCUGGUGUGCCUCUUCAGUGUAAAGCUGCUGCUGCCACCCCUAUUCCUUCACCAGGUCCGGCUGCGUUGGGACCAACCUUGUCUCCCGGAAGUUCAUCUACAGUCCCAGAGGCUCAGUCACCGACUUCGACACCUGAAUCUAAUACAACACCCGCCUUAACACCUGACUCUGAUACGACUCCCGCUUUAACACCACCAUCUACCAGCGGGGAUUCUGGAGUUUCGACCACCAAUCCAGCCAGUCGUCCCACCGUAACACCUUCGGCUGCUACUUCCACAUAUCCUCAUGCAACGUAUAUUCUAGCUACAUCUGGAGCUAUGUUGAUGAUCAAAUCUUUCUUAUUGGGCUAGACUUAUGAUUAUUUAUAAAUAUUGUUUCAUCAUUUCAUUUUAUUUAAGAUUGUUGUUCGAGGGGUGUGAAUGUAUUUGUCUUUUUGCAUAUAAUUGAAUAUUUGUGUGAAUCAUUAUUUAUAGUAUAAGAAUUGGGUUUUAAUUGAACUA